AAGCAAAACCCUCACAAAGCCCUCGCCAGUGAAGCCACACACACUCUCGGCAACAGUAACUCAGAAAAUGGCUUGGCGCUCAGCUGGUUCGUUGUCUCGGUCUUUGGUGUCUACCGCUAGGGUUUCGUCGCUCCGUUCGGCGCUACCUCUCCGUCGUCUCCGUCCGCCGACUGUCUCCACUCCUCGUCGCCUCUCAUUCGCUUCUCCCAGGAACUUGGGAGAACUGGGCUGCAUACAAUCACUUUUGCCAAUGCACAGUGUGACGGCUGCAACUUGCCUCACAUCUCACCUGGCUGUCAAUGCGCGUGGUUGUUGCGAGUUGUCACACGGGGAGGAACGGAAAAGAUGGGUGAUGUGCACAGACUUCCAAGCAUCCGAAGGCAGGAGAAUGAUGCAUCGUUGGACUUGAAAAGACUUUUGGAUCAGCAUAGUUGAGUGCAACUAUAUAUUGGGGUUGAUCGUAGAGUUUGGCUGUAUCCUGUAGGAAUGAGUGCUUUUGGAUUUGGAUCCUUUUAUAUUUUGUUCUUAAUAAGAAAUUUGAUAGUUCAUCUGAUAUCUGUAAUGACCUUUAGGAUGAAGGUUUAUGGGUGUUUGAACUUCAGUGCUUAUUCUUGAAUCUUGGUCAA